UAUAGUUACAAUACUUAACCUGGUUACCAUCGCGACUCCGAGAGGAAAUGAGGCAUAUUGGUCAGGGUAUACAGAAUAUACGCUGACCCAUAUUUCUGCUGAGAAACAUUCAACUCGACUACAGCGGGAAAUGUAGGACUGCAGUAUGAAGGAGGACGUAAAGAACAGCGCGAACACACACAGUCUGUGACUACAUUCACUGCACUGUUCUAACUCUGUGUUUAAAUAAAUAAUGAAGUCCGUGUUUCUAACACGUUUGUACAUAUUCGGUAUCUGUGCUGCCCUGACAUGUGGAACUAAAUGUAGACAAAAUGAAUAUCUAUCAGAAGCAGAAGAAUGCUGCCCUUUAUGUGCUAAAGGGUCAGUGGUUAUGAAAGACUGCCAUGGUGAUUACAAUACAACAUGCAAACCUUGUUCUAAAGGCACAUUUAUGAUUGGACCAAAUGGUUUUCACAACUGUCAUCGGUGUAAAAUCUGUGUCAAUGGCCUUUUUAUUUCUCAAGACUGUACAACAAUAAAGGAUACAGUAUGUGGGGUUUUGGAUGGAUAUUAUUGCAAGCAUUUUGCAGAUGACAGAAAUGAUUGUUUUCUUGCAAUAAAACACAGUAAAUGCAAACCGGGGGAACAAAUAAACACUCCAGGUACAAAGGCCUCAGAUACCGUUUGUGAGCCCUGUUCUCCAGGGUUUUAUUCUCCUGAAGGUGUGAUCUGCUCUAAAUGGACAGACUGUUCGGUCAGAAAUGAGAUUGAGGUCAAAGAAGGCACUAACAUUAAAGAUGUUCAGUGCAAAUCAAGAAGGAGCAGAUAUGGUCUCAUAGCAACUUUGCUCACAGCAGCAGUUGUUUCACUUCUAGUUUUAUGUUUGAGUCAAAUAAAAUCAGACAGAACUUGCUUUAUAUUAAAAAGCCCUGUAGAGGAAACAGACCCUCGAUCUUCACAAUGUGCCCCAUCAACCAGUCCACUGAAAGACAUUCAGGAAACAGAAUCACCAGCUGUCCAAGCAGACUGUAACAAGGAAUACACGGUGCAGUGAAAUACAGGGAAUACAAUGGAAUAGUGGAUUGCAAUAAGGUUAGUAGUAUACAACCCUACCCUGGGGGCUGAGCCCCCCCUAAAAUGAAAAUUCAAGAAUCGCCCCGGUAAUGACAACAAAGUUGAAUCUAAUCUAAUCUAAUUAUUAAGGGAAAACAAAUUUCAAACCUACAUGGCCCUGCGUGAAAAAGUACUUUCCCCCUAAACCCAAUACAGGGCUCUCAAGUUUUGAAGACAGGCAAGAGAGACAUAUUUUAAAUUUGCAAUGAGUCUGUUACUGCCAUCAAGCGUUUGCGAUAACUUGCAACUGUUGGAGGAAUCUUGGUCCACAGAAUUGUUGUAAUUCAGCCACAUUGGAGGAUUUUCGAGCAUGAACCACCAUUUUUUUUAAGGUUGUCAGGAAGGAGGCAAACACUUUUUCACACCACCGUACCUCACUGUACUGUAAUAAAGAAAAUGAAACCGUGGGGCUGUAAUAAAUAAACAAAUAAAAAAGUGCUUCUUUUUUUUUUUAUUAGUGCCCUCUAUACAGGUCACUGACUCCUUUUGUGAGAGCUGAAAUGCUUA